UCAGUACAAGUAGAGUAGUCAGUCAGUAUCAAUUGCGAAUCGGAGUUAGUUGUGCGCGCUACGAAAAAGAUCGUCGAGACGAGACUCUUACUCCAACCAACCACUCGAUCAGUCACUCACUCACUCACUCACCAACUCACCAACCCACUGGCUAACUGAUUCGCCUUUUUGUUAUUUUCUGUUUUUUUGUUUACUGCGAGUGCUCCAACGCAGUCACUGCAUGCCGUAGGAGACGGUUCGUACCGACGUCGCGACGGUUAGACAGCUGGUGAACGGGCGGUCAAACAGACAAACAAUUCGUUUCGAUUCGUGGCUUAUAAGCCGGAUUCUACUGGCCAGCAGACAUUCUCCCAGUAAUUUUGUUAUUUUAACAAAACAAAAAGCAUCGAGGUUUAAUUCGCAUAUAAAAAAAAUGUAAGCAACAUUUGUUGCCACGCGCACCGGUUACAUGAAAUUUAAAACUUGUGGACAUGUGUAUGUGUGUGAAAUCUAUUUAAGUGCAUAGCAGCGGGAUCGUCAUUCACAGAAUAUACUAAGAGAAAAAAGUAACUUGAAAGCAAACAUUUGCUUAACAGUACCUUCGAAGUGCAAGCUUUUAUUAGAGCGGCUAGAAUACGAAACCAUUUGUACAAAAACUCAAAUCACGAUACAUGUGUAUGUACAUAAAAAUUUAUUAACAAAAAACAGUUGGCAAUUUUGAAAGCUAUAAAUUCGUUUAAUCAGUUGUUAACCACAAUUUUAGUUAUUAGUGAAACGUGGUGUAAUGCAUUAAAACUGUUUCUCAUGCCCAGCUAGAAUCGUUUACGAUAGUGACGCAUUGAAGACCGCGUUAUUUUACAUUUUCCACUGAAACGGUGAAUUCCCAUGCAGAAUAAUAAUUUGCAGCACGACAACAACGUAAAGUUCCCUGGCAUACACAUCACAAUCAGCGUUCGCGUCCCGUAGUACGAUUUGUAACAGUGCUGAGCACGUUCGAUUAAACCGUUAAUUGUUUCAGGUCAAAUCGUUUGCCUUUAAAUAUCAAAAGAAAACAAUACAAAACUUUUCUUAAAUACAUACAUUCAUACAAAUGUACGUGCCCAUGUGCGUAUAUUGAAAAGAAACUCCAACUUUUGUGGUAACUUUUUCAAAUUUUUACCAAGAGAAUUCAAUUAUUUAUAAAAGCAAAUCAUAAGAGAAGAAAAUACAUGCACAAUACACGUGUGCAUACUACAUAGUAUAAACACACAUGGGCAUAUUUACUAAGUGAAUACAAGAAAAUCAGUUAAAAAAUUUGUCCAUCGUUGAAAGUGUUAAGAAGUGAAAGACCGACGAUCGUGACUCAGAUUGUUUCCAUAAGUUGAUUGGUGAAUAGCACAUUUUGGUUUACCAUACAUAGCAGCCAACUCAGUGUGCAGCCUUAAUAAAUAGGUGGAUUAGAAAGAAUAGCAAGAACAGAAAGCAGAAAAUAAUAUAAAAAUGGAUUAUAUCGUGAAAGCUUACAAAGAUUGGAAACUUCACUCUCAGUUCCAUGAGAUUGUGCCCGAUAUGGAUGAUACCGAUUACAUGAUGUUCAACGAGAAGCAAUCUAUACGCGAAUCGGCGCGUUCAUUAAAAAAAUAUGGUAGUACAUGUUGUAAUCAUAAUUUGCGUAAUAAUGAGACUCUGAUACGGCAUGACGUCGAAAAGACAGACACACUGCAGGGUAUUGCACUGAAAUAUGGAUGUUCGACGGAGCAGAUACGUCGCGCCAAUCGCCUCUUCGCCUCGGACAGCCUGUUUUUGCGUCAGUUUCUUUUAGUGCCAGUGGAUAAGUCGUCGCCAUAUUACCCGAAAGCAGAUGAAAAUAAUCCACUAGAAAUUAGUUCCAACAACACUGAACAACAAAACAACAUAAAUACAGAAAAUGACGUAAAUAAUGUGAAUGCAACAGAUGUAGCAGUGAAUGCAACUGCGGAUCCGCUUGGAGUAUUCGCCGCAGCAACCAUUUGCGUUGACUCAACAAAUAAUCCACGUCCAUCCACGCUGCCAGCUCGUCCAUACUCAAUUGCCGGUGAAUUAUUAGUGCAAAACAGUGACGAUGAUGUCACGCUAAACAAUCACAGCAGCAGUAGUAAUAAACAAAGUAAAUCGCUUGAUUCUGUGGUGACCAUGACACCGGAGGAGGAAAAUCGUAAAUGUAUAAAUGAGUUUUUAAGCAAAAUAGAUUCAACCAUUUCCGAGUCGCGGAAAUAUGUAGAAAAGUCGAAAGAAAUGAUUACCAGCCAAAGUGACAACGAUCUGUUUGUUACCACCGAUUUUGUGCAGCACAGACGUAACAAUCACUUGAACAAUUCGUACAAAACGAAUCGGCAAAAUCAUCAAAAUCAUCAGCGGCAUAGCUCUUCGGGCAGCACAUCGGACACAGCUCAGCUAUUAAAUACCACACAAACGCGACACGUGCAAAAGUCGCUAAAACGACUGGAAAAGCAGCAGGAUGAAUUUUUCGAAUUGUAGCACACAAAUCGAAACGACAUUGCCUGCAACCCUCUGAAUGCCGCUUAUAGAAAUUUUAAUAUUAGCUAUAAUGAAAUUAAACAUUUGAAAUUGUAAUGAUAACUUAAAUGAUUAUGGCAGCAAACGUGAAGAAAGCCCCUAUUAUUAAGAGUAUAACGCAAAUAUUUUAUACUAUAUACACAUGUAAACAGUAGGAUGGAAAAUUGUUUAAAUGUUGAAAACUGUGUUAAAAACUAUUACAAAAUAAGAAGGAUGGGCCAUUUUAAAAUUGAUUGGCUAUAAUUUACAUACAUAUACACUCAACUGCUGUUACUUCUUGCACUUGAAUACCGAUACUACAACGGGUAGUUCAACAGAAAUUAAGAAACCAUGAUAAAUAGCAAAUUUAUUAAUAACAUUAAGUUUGAUUUAUAAAAUGCUUUAAUGUUCUUAAGCAAAGAUUCGCCAAGAUAACGUAACGUGAAAAUGAAGUGAAAUGAGUAUAAAUUUUUGUUUUUAAGUGGGUAUGUAUUGUGUAUGCAAUCAACUGACAUAUAUGUAUAUAAUGUAUUUAUAAAGUAUCCAUUUUUAUUUACUGUUUUGUAUUUAUAUUUUAUUCCGUUAUACAUAAAUACAUACACAUAUUCGAAAUUUUAGCCUUAGUUUCAAGCGCAGCUUUGAA